AGCUUAAUUUUGGCGUAAUAACUCCAAACCGAUCCAGCUCUUAAAUCCGUGUUGCCCGUUUAAAGAAAUGCUUCCACGAGCUCUUUCCUCGAAACGUUUGAUUUGUUCGCAUUGUAACGUAGACACCAAAUUUUACGUACUCCAAUCCUGCAAUCAUGCGCUCUGCGAACCGUGCUGGGUAAGGAUAAAAACUGCUCCGGCAAAGUCCAAGGGAUUCUCGUCGCAGUGCCCGAAGGAUCGUACGCCUUUACCAAUGUCUAAGCUGGGUAGCCUGACCCACGAUGAUUUCCAUUAUUUACCAGUACUCAAACUGGGUAGUGAAGGAGGAAAUGCAGAAUUAGCGGAAAACGAGGUAAUCCUGAAUAUAUUUGAUGAAAAAUAAACCGUUGCAACGUUAGAAGUAGCUCACCCUGUAAUAAGUACUUAUAAAAGUGACAGAAUAAGAAUAUGUCGUCGAAAAAGCCGAGAUUAUGGCCAAGGUAUGUGGCUAUUUUCCCCGCUUAUUUGCCAACAUUGGUGUAAAAUUACAUAAAAAUUAUGUAUGCACUGUUCCCUCUUAUUUUGCACCGUUGGUACAGAAUUUUAUGUACCAACUUAUGCUGUCAUUACAGGAUGAGCUACAUAGAUACUUCUAAAGUUACAACGGUUUAUGAUUUUUCCACGAAAUGAAUAUGGUUUUAUGGUUAACAUUUUAUAUAAGUUCUAACGAUAGCUCGGAUUCAUUAAUUGACGACCCUGUCCACGUCAUUAAGGUCGAGAGUGGAGAUGUUGUCUCUCCACUCGAAACGACACUACUUUACAAAUUUCAAGACGGUCGGAGCUACAAGUUUUUUAGACACAUUUUUUCAACUCAGCGUUAGCCGGUCGUCUGGACCUAAUUUUUUUAUGGUGGAGAAAUCUAAAAUUACGUUAUAAUUUAUGAAAUUUGUAUUGCAGACUAUAGGUUGCAGAAUGUUCUAGUGUUUUGAAGUUACCAUUAGAAGCAUGUAAAAUUCAAAUUUUGAAAAUUUUGAAAAUUUUAAAACUUAGUUUGUGGUGCUCACAGCACACAGUGUAAUAUAAUGCCAGGGCAGGUCCCAAAAGUCCCUAGGGGUGGAACCCGAAAUGUAUAUGCAUAUGCGUAAUCAGGGGGACUCAAUAGACGCAUGCCAAAAUUGACUUGUGUGCCGUGGGUGCCCGAGCCACGAAAUGACCCCAACUGGCUUGCCCAACAUCAGUCUUAUGUCCAAACAAUGAUCAACAGUAAUGGAACGAUCAGAGCAAUUUUCCUAGGAGCUUCUAUUACUGAUUGGUGGCCGGAUGAUCUUUUUCUUCGUCAUUUUUCUACAUAUGGAGCUGUCAAUUAUGGCAUUUCCGGCGAUGGAGUCGAGCACGCAUUUUGGAGAAUUCAAAACGGAGAAGUAGAUGGACUCCAGGAUUCAUUGAAACUCAUUGUUUUCGCCGAUUGCGGAUCAAACAGCGCUGGUUCUUAUAACGCUGAAGAAAUUUCGCGUGGUUACACUGCGACGUUGAACUGGAUUCGACAAGCACUCCCAAACACUCGAGUCCUUCUCAUGGGUCCUCUCCAAUAAACAUGGAGGUACGGUGGAUCCGGUUGGAAAGCCUAGAAUGGUGAAAUCCUGAAUUAAUGUUGGCUUGCCAUUUAUGGUCACCGUAAAAGCAAUUAUCGAUGUUUUCGCACUUAUUUCUGGAAUAUAAAAUGGAUUUCCUAGUUUGGCCGUUAUAUAUAGCAUAAAUCCUAAAUCAUUAAAUUAAUCUGUUUUUCCUCUUUUUCUUCGACACAAAUUUGGUGAAAAUUCAUGAAAGCAAAUAAUUUUAGAAAAUAGAUUCUGAGGCUUCGCUCACUUUUUCGCGAAUAAAUAGAAGAAUAAAAAACAUUCAAUUAAGAUUUGUAUUUAAUAGAGACAGAUUUGACUUUAAAUAAGAGUAACAUUUCAUGACUAUUUAGUAGUUCAAAUAUACCAACUUCAAUUGUUAGAAUAUACGUUUUACAACAUUUGAUUACUUUCUUUUUCCGAGGACAUAGUUGCGGUUGUAAGCUGGAAGAUCAUCCAAGAACGUGUCUAGCUGUGUAACGAUGGCAGGCAUUUGAUAACGUAAAUCUAUUUCACACUCAUCUGUAGCUAGAAUUUUGAUGGAGUCGUAGUGUCGACGAGCGGCUCCCUUUACUUGAUUGGCGACACCCUUCCCCACUGCAGGAAUUUCAAGAGAAACGGCACUUGUACAGUCGAUCCUAUUUCCUUUGUACCAUUCUUUUCUUGCACUUCCGCAUGCUCUCACCCACUCCGGAUACGAGUCCGGAUCUGUACAGGCUCUUUCAAUUUCCUUCCAUAAUAGCCGGCAAACCUCAGGGAGGUUUGCGAACUUUGAUAUUCCUAUUGACACAUUGUACGGUACGUCAUUCUUAUCUAUCCAGUUUACUUUGAACAGGUUAAAUGUAAAUCCUUCAUUCUCUGUAAAUUGCACGCGUAAUUACCAUAUAUUUUAUACAAACGUGUGAAAUAUAAUUUACUCCCUACCUGUGAUGUCGAUGGAUUUAAAAAGCCGAAAUUGUAUUACUUUCUGAGAAGGAGAAUAUAAAACUUGUUGUCCGGUUGGCGUGUAAUGACCCAGACGAGUAUGGUUGUACAGCCUACUGAAACUAAGUUUCAUUUUGCAAUCGGCGCAAUCGUGCUUUAUUUCUGCAAUAAUGAGUAAGUAAUCAUUGAUCAUUGUGAAGUAGUAGUUGUGAAACGUAAUUGCUAUCUUACCAAAAUGAAAGGCUGAGAUGUGAAUCAGAAGGUUCUCACGACGUGCAUACAUUGUUUGACAUUUUCGGCAUUUCCAACAAUUCAAUUUUAAAUGAACUGACAGAAAAUGUUUUCUAGCGUGUCCCAAAUGAUUAAACAUGGAUGAGCAAUCCGUGGUACAUUGAACGGAGUCAAGAGAUUUGUUUUUUCUGUUUUGUAGUAGUGUCCUCAUGGCUUCAAUGGCUUGAUCCAAGGAAUCAUUGUGUGGUUCAACAUAUUCAAUGUAGUCGUCUACUUUUCCUAAGAUUUGUAUUUCCUCCGAAUUUAAGAUUUCUUGAAUCUACAUAAUAAUCAAAGUUGAUCCUGAUAAUUGCGUGAUACAUUAUAACCAUUUACUUAGUUUAAAACCUUAUUUAACUCUUCGUGGACAACAUUGUUCCUGACCCUCUUUGUUGCACCAUUAGCACUAUUUAGCUUUUGUUUGAACUGGGUCACACGUUGGAUAACAGCGUCAAUCUUCCACUCGUUUAGGUUAGUCUACACAUGAAAUUGUACAAGUUAAUUUGAACAAAUUCAAUAAACUUGACUUUACAACACACCUUUGCAUUUUCUAUCAUGUCAUCAACAUCCAUCCGAUCUUCAUCAUCAACGUUUAAUGCUCCAUCAUCUGUAAUUAAAAAUAUAUGUUCAUGCAUUCAUACUGUUUAUACAUGCAUUUGAAGUUUUAGAUUGCUGUACCGUUUUGAGUGUCAUGAGAUUCGAUAACAAAUGAUGAGUUAUUAGUGACAGUUUUUGGGCUGACUUGCUCGUGAUGAUGAUUCUGUUUUCGUUGACUUUGAAACACACUCUGGGAAAAUUUGUAUGCCGCCUGGUUACUUGCAGAGGUGGUGGAGUCAUCGUUCUGCUUAAAAACGGGAACAGAGUAUGUAAUUUUAAAAGUUACAUCAUUAUAUUUGCGUAAACAGUGCACACUGACACAGUGUGAGCUGACCUUGAGUAUUGAAGUUGACGUCAACUGUCGAUGACUCUUGUCCUGGUCGUCAUUGCCUUCAUCAGAUUGAUAUUCGUAAACUGGAGCUGGAGUUUGGCUUGCCCUUUUCCGAUGACAGCAUAGGACUAGAUUUACAGUAAUUUUAUUUUAUGAAAAGAUGAAUUGUAAAUUCGUAUGUGAAAAUUGUUUUUUACAGUUUACCUCCUCCUUUUUGUUUAGUUUACGGCGCUUAACAUCAGCAGGUUUGCUGGCUGGACUCUGAUGACCGUG